AUGGAAGGAAGGAUAGAUGAGAUACACACUCAAAUAAUAAUGAUCUCAUCGAUCAACAUUUUUCUGUCCAUUACUGCAUUUCUUGGCAACACCCUGAUCCUAGUUGCCCUUCAUAAGGACUCUUCCCUUCAUCUGCCAUCCAUACUUAUGUAUCGUUGUCUGGCAACAACUGAUCUCUGUGUUGGUUUGAUCUUAGAACCUGCCGCCGUUAUUUAUUGGUUGUCCUUGGUUCACGAAGAUUGGAAUCUUUGUUUGUAUGCGGUGACUACUUAUUUUAUAACGGCUUAUUCCUUGUCAUCAGUCUCUCUCUUCACAAUUACCACAAUAAGUGUGGACAGACUUCUCGCCCUGCUGUUGGGGCUGAGAUACAGACAAUUUGUGACUUUCAAGCGAAUAUAUUUGCUUCUUAUCGUAUUUUGGAUUGUUUCGAUCCUUGCUAGCACAUCGCACUUUAUAAAUCCCCACAUAGCUGUCUUGUGUAGCUACAUCUGUAUUCCACUCUGUCUGGUAACAGCAACGUUCUCGUACACAAAGAUUUUCCACCGUCUCCAUAACAUCCCAAAGUAUACUCUAUCACAACAAGGUAUCCAACAGCCAAGGCAACCAGCUCCUCUGAAGCUGACUCGAUACAGAAAGGCAGUGUACAAUGCACUGUGGGUGCAGUUGGCAUUGGUCGUUUGUUAUUUACCAUACAUCAUAGUCAUAGCAGCUGUGGAUAGAGGAAGGCCUCUAUCUAACUCUACAUUUGUUGUCUUUCAAUGUGUUGAGACCUUAGUUUUCUUAAACUCCUCGUUGAACCCGUUUCUAUACUCUUGGAGGAUUAUUAAAGUGAGAAAAGCAGUAAAGGAGACAAUCAGACAAGCACUUUGCUGUCCAUGGAAUUGAAUGUUGUCUUUGAACAAGUCCUGAAACUGGUACCGUUAAAAAGGCAAGCUUUAAAGAGGACAAACUCUUAGUUAGUAAAUAGAAUAAAAAAGAUGGUAAGUUUUAAGCUCAGUAAAGAAAUAGAGAAAGAUGUUUUUCGUCUUGUUGGGAAAAAAUGAGGAAUCGAACCCAGACCUUCGGAUUCCACGCUCCGAUACUAAGCCACAGAGACACUACGGUGAGCGAGGUCUAUACAAAGUUCCUAUAACACUCAUCCUGCAAAUGCUAGGAUCAGCCAUGUCGACGUUGAUAGCGUCAUGUUUGUAAAUAGAAUAAGAGAGGUGGUCAUUUUUGAGCUUGGUCAAUAAAUAGAGAAAGAUGUUUUUCGUCUCGUCACGAGCGUGGUACAAAGAAAAAAUUCUGAGUCCCCAUGAGGAAUCGAACCUCAGACCUUCGGAUUUUAACACUGAGCCACAGAGACUCUAUGGUGAGCAAGGCCCAUUACGAAGUUCGAAGACGAAAAAUAUCUAUUAAUUUUGGAAAUCCUUAUGAUUUGAUUUUUAAAUAUUUUCAUUAAUCUGUUAUUUAUGCUCGUGUUCCGGUCCAAAAUAAUGUAAUUAGCAAAUUCUUCAGCGCAAAUGUAGAGCUUUUUAAUACACAGGAAGAUGUAACGUUCAUUAGUCAAUUGAUUAGUCUGGCAGGUAAUGCUUUUUUUCUAAAAGAGACCGUAUUUAAGUAAACCAAACUUUUAAUCUAUUUUUCAUGUCAUUAAUUCUGCUCAAUUUACAACCAUGCUACUAAGAUAAUUUGGUCGGUGUGGAGUUGCUUAAACUAUUUUAUAAUCCGCAUCAUUUAAACUCUCCUAUGGAAUAAACACGACCUGAAAAACGUGUUCUGGUGAAUCAAACUAUAGUAUAGGUUGCCUGUAUCGCUUAAUUUUGUUUUAAAUAUUUCAGUUUUGUUGAAUCACUGCCUUCAUUUAGACUAAAAUAUUCGUAUUUUAUUUUUCUUUGGCAUGACUCAACAAAACCGAAACAACUCUGUUUCAUCAAUACCUUCAAUUUCUGUCAUAGCGUCUAAGACCAAAAUAUUCGUACUAAAAUGUGCAUCAUUUUCCAGCCUAAAGUAUUUCUAGUAAAACGAAACCCUUCACUCUGUAUAGGUAAUACUGUAGCACGAUUUCGAGUGCAAAUUGGUGUAAAUAAGUACGAGUAAAUUUUUCAAGGACAACAAGAUUACAGGUCCCUUAGGGCAGGUGCAAUUUGCAGUCUUUGAAAAAAUUUCACGUGGUGUAUUUUAUAGUCUUUGAAAACAAUACACUGCUACGUUAAUACGCAAGUGUUUGCCUCCUUAGUUUAGUAGAUACCUCAUUAUCAGGACAACCUUUUUAGACAUUAUCAUAGGAAUUGUUCAUACGUAAAUUACAUACAAAUAAUCUGAAGCGAUCUUUGAAGAAACCAGUUUCUCUACAGAUUAAAAUAAAUACGCUUUUUGCAAUGGAAAUAAUAACACAGGUGACGGUUGAUAAUAGUUAUUUUAUGAAAAGCGUGAUGAUGAUUGAAAAGUGUUACGGGAAAAUUUACUGAUUUUUCCAUGUGUUUGUUUGGAACAUAUUUAUUCGUAAACUUUCACAUUUAACCAUUUCCAAUUUAUUCGAGUUCAUUCAGGUUCUUUCAUUUUAGUAAAUCAAAAUAUGUAUAAAAACCACAGUAGCUUUUGGAAUAGAUUUUGCUCGUUACUCGCUUUCACAAUGCACCUGCAUGUCGGUACUUUUGUUCAUCAUUAUUAGUGAAAUUUUAGGUAAAUAUAAGUGUUAAUGGUCUUUCUGGAAAAAUUGGUUCUCAUGGUAGUUAGCAGCGGAGUUUAUACUCGUAACUUUAAUUUCCUUUCAUGCGAUAAUUUCCCUCACCAACCUUGCAUAGAUAGGCAGGAACUUCCAAUUGCUUUUCCAUUUUUAUUUCCUAAGCUGCGCCACUGUAAUUGAGAUAGGUAUAUUUUCAAUACCAGAGCUGUGAAUUCGCACCUAAUGUUUCACUCUAGAUUCAUUAAUUACGCGUGAAAAUGAAACAGUCGUUAAUAAGCUAUAAUUGAACAAUCACAAAACGAAACUAUCACUAAUUUAUCGUUCCUGAGACACAACGAACACAACCAUCGGGUAAAUGUUUCCUUUCUAUGGAAUUUUAAUUUAGUAGAAUCCUUACUCAUCAUAAUUGCUGUGUAUUUUUGCUAUAGAUUUCGAACGCAUAUGUGUAUUAACAGAUAUUAAAGAACACAGUUUGAAACCGUUGGUUACAGCAAUACAUUUGUUGUUUACAACUGAAGAAAUGUAAAAUGGUUUCCGUGUUUACAUAGCCUGAUGUUAUUACGAUCGAGAAGCCAAAAGAUGGAUUGCAGGAUACCCAUGGAUCAGAGAUCUACAGAUUUACCGGAUAACAAAAAGGCUGCUUUUGCCACAUUAAUUUCAACUGAAAGAAGACUUGCAAAAAAUUCAGAACACGCAAAAGUUUAUAAAGAAUAAAUACCAAAACAUGAUAAAUCGAGGAGUGACAAGGAAACUAACCAAGGCAGAACUAAGAAACUACAAAGGUCCAAUACACUAUAUUUAACAUCACGAAGUACUAAAGCCAGAUUCGAAGUCCACCCCUGUCAGGAUUGUGUUCAACAACAGUGCGAAAUAUGUGGGUCAUGUACUGAAUGAGUAUUGGGCGAAAAGACCAGACCUAUUCAACAACAUAUUAGCAGUCCUCUCAAUAUUUAGAGAGUACGAAGUUGCAUUUAUCAGAGAUAUUAAAAAGAUGUAACACACAGUUGCAACCAACGUAUUAGAUCAGCACACGCAUCGUUUCCUGUGGCGCGACAUGGAGACUACACGAGAACCAGAUAUCUACGUAAUAUAGAGAGUUUCGUUCGACGACAAACCAUCAGGCGCGAUAGCAACUGUCGCAUUACGAAAGAUCGCAGGAAUGGGAAAAGAUCAAUUUUCGGAAGCUUCUCAACUGAUACUCAAUAAUACAUAUAUGGAUGAUAUAAUUGAAAGCGUCAACAAUCAAAAAAAGGCAAAGCAAAUUAUAGAUGAUAUAGAGAAGUUAUUGGGCAAAGGAGGAUUCAAAUUAAAGGAGUGGACCUACUCAGAAGAUCGAUCGAGCAGACAUGAACCAAAGAUACCAAUGGAACCAUCUACUGCUACAGAAAAGGUUCUUGGCGUUGUAUGGGAUCCUAUAAAAGACAAUUUUCGCUUUAAAGUCAAAUUAAGUUUUUCCCCAAAGAAAAACACAACACGCACUCACAUGGACGCGAAUCCUACAGAUGUUCAACCCAUCUGUAGCAUUCCAGAAGUAUUGACCAAACGUAUGAUUUUGUCUCAAGUGAACAGCAUAUACGACCCUCUUGGACUUGCCGGUCCGUACACAGUAAGGGCCAAAACACUUAUGAGAAAACUGUGGACAUAUAAAACAAAACUGGAUUGGGACGAUCCCAUACCAGAAGAAUACGGAAGAGAAUGAAUGACAUUUUUCAAUGACUUGCCUGAAAUGGAGAAGAUUUCAGUCAAACGAUGUCUCAAACCACACGAUGCAAUAGGAGACCCAAUACUGAUCAUAUUUAGCGACGGAUCAAACAACGCUUACGGUGCUUGUGCUUACGUCAGAUGAGAAUUAUCAACGCGAAAAUUUGUCAGUUAUAUCAUUCUAUCAAAGAAUCGCUUAACUCCGGUCAAAAGGAUUUCAAUUGAUCGCAUAGAACUUUGUGGUGCUAUACUUAACAAAAGAUUGAAAAUCGUUUUACAAUAACGGAGCAGGUAUAAAUUUCAAAGAUAUUACCACAUUGUUAAUUCCCUUAAUAGGUUUAUCACAGAAGCCUUAUUACACGUUCAGAAAUACAAACAAGGUAAGCUUCGUUAAAAGAUCCACUUUCGUGAUAGAUGAAUUUGACAUGGAUGUAUUUCUUGUUCUUAUCAAUCGAAACGGUGACCGCAGACUCUGGAAAUUGGGUGAAUUAUUUCCAUUCCUUAAGUUAGGUAAAAAAGGUACAUUUGAAUGGGUUCAUAGAGGUUUGUUUAUUUCGAGAGCUUUCUGACUCAAUCAUUGACAACAAGCCUACAGAAUUUGUUGGAUACAAAAUCACUGAUCUGGGUUUCCAACAAUCUUUCAAAUCAUGCUAGCGCUGCAAAUAUGGUAACAUGUUUACAACCUUUAUGUUUACAAACUUUAUAGAAAACUUGUUAUUUUUUCCAAAACCAACUUUCCGAACAAAAUUUGAAAAGUUACAUGACUCAAAUUUUGGUUCGAUGGAUUUUUCUCAGACCCUCUUUCUCAUUAGCAGCUGAAACAAAAAAGGGGCAUCGUUUCGUAGAUUUAUCUCACCAACUGAAGAAAUUUUUCCCCAUGCAUCUCGGGUGUAAAAAUUCAAAACAACUUAGGACCGACAGUUCCUUUAAGCGAGUGUCGUUUGUUGAUUCCCUUAAACAUUCAAAGUGUUCAGAUUCUCAUGGGAAAAUAAAAAGUUCUUAUUGGACUUAACUCUGCCUCUAACUCUCUUCGCUGAGAACGCUCCAAGGUAACUCACCAGAGCUGUUUCAAAGCAUGAAUGAGUUAAAUUUCUACUUUUCUGAACGUUUCUGUAGUUUGACGGCGUAAUUGGCAUUUCAUCACGAGGCGGGGUAACGAAGAAGUUCAUAGCUAGAAAGUUCGCGGAUUCCGGUAUCGGUUACCAUCAUAUGAAGAUACGUUUUUUCUAUUCAAGGAAACCAAGGGCUUCUCGUUAUUUUGCCAAAUCCGCCAACAAGCAGUCGAACUCGUCGUUUUCGUGGAAAAACCCUUUGACUUUACACUUUGGUUUUAAGUCAUUUCAAAGGAAUUCCGUGUUAAAUUCGUUUACUUUAUGGCUUUUUUUACACUUGGGGAGCAUGUCUUAUCUCAACAAAAAGUUCCGUUCCAAAGCCUCCCAAAACUUUGAUCACCUUUCUUAAACUGAUGCCAGAAGAACUGUUAAUAUGUAAAUUUAUACCAAAAGCCUGAAGUGAUCCUCGGAGAGAAACACUACCCAACAUGUUGAAAAUAUAAGGCAUAGUGGCGGCAGUAAAUCUUUCUGAUGAUGCUCGAAAACGAAUGGAAACUUGGAAACAACUGCAAUGCGUGGCAGGAUGGGCAGAUGAAAUACACGGGCCAUUAAUUGUUUUUGCAAUCAACACUUUUCUGUCCAUUGCUUCUUUUCUCGAUAACAUCCUUAUCCUGUUUGUUCUUCAUAAGGACUCUUCCCUUCAUCCACCAUCCAAAUUUCUGUAUCGUUGUCUGGCAACAACUGAUCUCUGUGUUGAUCUAGCUUCAGAGCCUUCCGGCGUUAUGUAUUGGCUGUCCUUGCUUCUAGAAGAUUGGAAUCUUUGUCAAGCUGGGUUUAUUACUUCUUUUGUGGCAGGUUAUAUUCUUUCAUCAGUCUCUCUCUUAACAAUGACUGCAAUAAGUGUGGACAGACUUCUCGCCCUGUUUUUAGGUUUGAGAUACAGACAAGUUGUGAGUUUGAAACGAACAUAUUUACUGCUUAAAACAUUUUGGAUUGUUUCGAUCCUCGCUGGUAUAUCGUACUUUGUGAAUUACCGCAUAGCCAUAUGGUAUAGUUAUAUCGCUAUUCUACUCUGUCUGGUAACAGCAACGUUCUCGUAUAUGCUAACUUUCCACCGUUUACAUCAUCGGAAUCAAGUGCAGGUGAAUUUUCCAAUCCAGCCGAGUGAACCAGUUUCAUUCAACAUGGCUCGAUACAGAAAGGCGGUGAACAGUGCACUGUGGCUGCAGUUGACAUUGGUCGUUUGCUAUCUACCGUACGGCAUGACGGUAACAGUUCGACCUAGAAGUAAACUAUCUCCUUCUGAAUUUAUCGUCCUUAAAUGCGCAUUGACCUUAAUCGAUUUAAACUCUUCGUUGAACCCGUUUCUUUAUUGUUGGAAGAUAAGAGAAGUGAGACAAGCAGUAAAGGAGACAAUUAGACAAGCACUUUGUUGUCCAUAGCCAUAGAGAAGCUGUACUCUGUGAGUAGGCUCGGGAAGUGCUAUCCGUUAAAAGACAAGCUAAAAAAAAAAAAGAAAAGCUGUUACACUUGCAAAGUGAAUGUGCACUUAACUUUAAUGUCAAUUUCGCUUGCUGUCAGCGAUUUCAUCUUUCAGUCGAUAGUUUUUGCCAAAUUUGAGCGUUUCAAGCUCUAAUUAAAGUUGAAACAAUAGAGACAAAUUUGGUUAAAGGAAAACAAUAAACCGCAAGUAAACAAAAUAGCUGGACGGCGUUUGAAUUAGAGCACAGGGCUCGAUGUUGUUGUCUUCUGAUGUUGCCGCUUUUUUCGUGGUGCGGUCUAAUAAUGUUAAGAAAGAAUGUAAAGUUAAGCUCUCACAUUGAAAAUAGAUUUCACCCGUUAAAAUUCUACAACUGACAUUUAUCUCGCUAUACUAUUCCGUCCAAAUGUUUACCUCGCAGAACCUUUUAAUACACAGGAAGAUGUAAGGUUGAUUAUUAAUUAGUCUGGCAGUUGCCUAAUGAAAUGCUGUUAUGUCUAAAAGAGACCAUAGUUAGGUAAGCAAAACUUUCUAGAUAUUUUUCUUGUCAACAGUUUUCCUCAAUUUAAGUAGUAAAGUUGUAAAUUUUCGCCUUACCUAUAUUGCCACUUCGAAAAAGUGUCUGUAACCAAAAAUAUAAUUUGGUCGGUAUAGAGGUGUUUGACAACUUGACAGUAAGCAUGGUUCAAAACACCCCUAUGAAAUAAAUAUGACUCGAAAACGUGUUCAUGUGACAUAUUUUCAUAACGAAGCUAGAAUAUUGCUGAAAGCCUCAUUUCUAUGUCAAUGUGCGAUAUGCAUGAUAUCGAUUUCUGUCAUUUGAAUUAUUUGCAGGCAGGUUAGGGAGGAAAUCAAAGGAAUGGAUGUACGUCAUAUUUAAAGAAACACAUUACAAUUAAAUGAAGCAGAAUUAUGUAACCUAUAUGUUAAUGCUUCUGAAUUCAGCUAUAAUAGGAAUUACUUAAUUAUAACAUACGGUCAUAAAAGCAAUUCUAUUCUCGUCUUCCCCCUUGAAGGGUGCCUUGCGUAUCAAAUAUGUCAAGUUCAGUACCUCAAGUAAUAAGUGGCUUUUGAGCAGCAAAUAAUCAACCGAUUAUGCCAAAUUAUUGAGUCAACAUUUAAAAAGACAUAGUUGAAUCGUAUGGAAAGUUUAAAAAGUGCUUUAUUUGCAGUGAAUAAAUAGAGAAUAAUACAUAGGCGCGCGUAGAUAUGGAAUUUCUCUUCGAGUGUUGAACUCAAAGCUCACAAGUGAGCGCAUCGAAGAGUCGGCGUUGGCGCUGACUCUUAAGAUGGAAAAAUGCGUUGAAUCAUGAUUACAAAAACAACAAUGGUCGUAAUUUUCAAUUUACAAAAUUCUCAUUUAUUGACUUUGUCCUUACCGACAGAAGAAGUCUUUCAGGUAAACGGCCAAAAUCAGCCAGUGGCAAAUCAUCCAGUUGUCGAUUUUCAUUCUAAGCCGAGAGAAAUACUAACACCAAAGGCACUGAAUACGCAACUUUCGGUUUUUCUUUUCGUAUAUCGGUUUUUCUUUUCCUUCAAGGAAAGUGUGAACCUGAUUGUCUGUCAGCGAUACGGGUUUUUUAGUGUUUUAGCCGCCAUAAUUCGAGAAAGCUCCGACAACAACUUGUAUUGAGAAUCGUGAAGGGUUUGCCGUUCAUUCAUAAACCUGACCGAAUGGCGUCAAAGGCAAAUGACGUGUAAGCAGCUGAUUGGCUAUAUCAACACGCCUGAAAAAAUACGAUAUUUUUUUCACGUGUGUUGUUACGGCUUUUCUCAGGGCCGAAAAUCCUUGUAUAACACCGCAUUUUAUGUGAUAAACGGAAUUAACGUUCUUCAUUACUUAUAAAAUUUCAAGGUCGUGAUUCAAUGAAUUCAAAAGAAAAUAUUCAAGGUUGCCUUUCUUUGUUCUCUUAGGUGUUCCUCUCGCCAUGUUCUACCUAUUUCACUGUGCUUUCUAACUCUCUUUCACGUUUUUUUUUUACACGUUCUACCCCUUCUACUUCUUGCCCUCUUUGGUCGUUCUGUCUCCUUCUUUCCAGCCUAUUUUCACUUAAAACCCUUUCUCCACAAACUUGAAUCGCAAUAAUAUCCUCAAAAUGCUGCCGCUGUUUCUUGGCGCACACUAAUGGGGUAUCCAAGUUCCGUACGCAAUUGCGCCUGCGCAUUACCUUCUCCCUCACUCUUCGAAUUCCGUAAUGGCUAAAAUAGUGACCGCAAUGCAGUUGCCGCGCAUGUUAAAAGUAGCUCAUUGUACAGUUGGUCUUUUGGGCGUAAUUCCAAAUUUUUUCGGCUUAGUGGGUUACUACUAUUUCUUAUAUUUAUGGAGCUCGUGAAGCGUAGCUAGUUGGUGAGAUCGCUACAAAAAUAGUUUAGUUGGUGUGAGGUGUCCUGAGAACUUGACAAUACGCAUCGUUCAAAACUCCUUAUGGAACGAAAACGACUUAACCGAAUGUUCAGGUGACUUAUUUUAACCACUAGACUAGAAUAUUAAUGAAGAUGUAUUUUCUACAUCAACGUGCGUCAUGCACGAAAUGCGAAAAAUUGCAUAAAAAUGAAUUAUAUCUGAAUUUAUACCAUAAUCUAGUCACAAAUUACGCUUUAAUUGGUCAAAAAAAAUAUCGACUAUUAUCCCGGUAAACCCGUAGAAAACUUAAAUAUUUUCCUGCCUUGAGAAGUGGCGCCACACGGGACGAAUUAAUUUAUUGAAGGUCUUUGAUUGGAAGUAACGAAAGGACGCUUUGAACGCCGAAAACGACAAGAAUUUUUUUCCUAACAUUCCUCAAAUUUGCCAUUUCAAGCUUUAUGUUUCUCUGAGCGGUAAGAUUGAAAAAAAUUCAGAAAUUCCAGUAUGGAUUUGCCCACACUGCUCGCUGAAAAGGAAUAGAAAACUUUUCAUGUUUUUCGCUUUUCACUCAGAAAUUCAUCGAAAUUUUUUCCGUAUGAGCACAAAAACCACUUGCGGAUGUCCACCCCAUUCCGUUUGCUGUCUGCAAAUUCAGCUUUCAUUUGAUGGUUUCAGCGUUUUAGAAUAUUUAGAAUAUUUCAGUUUUGUUGAAUCAAUUCCUUCAGUUUCUGUCGCGACGCCAAAUUCAGACUAAAAAAUUCGUAUUUUCCUUUACCUUUGGCAUUGACCAUUACACUAAUACGUAACCGCAGUUUUCCUUAUAUGUAUAUAUAUAUAUAUAUAUAGACUGGCAGGCAAUUCACUGUCAAGUUAGACCUAGUUGGUGAGAUCGUGAACGGCUAGUAAGCUGAUAGAAGGAGAGGCCGUGAUAUUUAUAUUCAUGCCAUAAACCUGAGGCAAUCCUUGGAGAUGUAAGCUUUCCUACAAGGUUGAAUUAAACAAGGGCGUUGCAGUGGGAAUAAUGGCGCAAGCAAACCUAUCUUAUGAUGCCGGAAAACAAACAGAAACGUAUGCACAAUUGCGAUGCAUGGAAGGAAGGAUAGAUGAGAUACACACUCAAAUAAUAAUGAUCUCAUCGAUCAACAUUUUUCUGUCCAUUACUGCAUUUCUUGGCAACACCCUGAUCCUAGUUGCCCUUCAUAAGAACUCUUCCCUUCAUCCGCCAUCCAUACUUAUGUAUCGUUGUCUGGCAACAACUGAUCUCUGUGUUGGUUUGAUCUUAGAACCUGCCGCCGUUAUCUAUUGGUUGUCCUUGGUUCACGAAGAUUGGAAUCUUUGUUUGUAUGCGGUGACUACUUAUUUUAUAACGGCUUAUUCCUUGUCAUCAGUCUCUCUCUUCACAAUUACCACAAUAAGUGUGGACAGACUUCUCGCCCUGCUGUUGGGGCUGAGAUACAGACAAUUUGUGACUUUCAAGCGAAUAUAUUUGCUUCUUAUCGUAUUUUGGAUUGUUUCGAUCCUUGCUAGCACAUCGCACUUUAUAAAUCCCCACAUAGCUGUCUUGUAUAGCUACAUCUGUAUUCCACUUUGUCUGGUAACAGCAACGUUCUCGUACACAAAGAUUUUCCACCGUCUCCAUAACAUCCCAAAGUAUACUCUAUCACAACAAGGUAUCCAACAGCCAAGGCAACCAGCUCCUCUGAAGCUGACUCGAUACAGAAAGGCAGUGUACAAUGCACUGUGGGUGCAGUUGGCAUUGGUCGUUUGUUAUUUACCAUACAUCAUAGUCAUAGCAGCUGUGGAUAGAGGAAGGCCUCCAUCUAACUCUACAUUUGUUGUCUUUCAAUGUGUUGAGACCUUAGUUUUCUUAAACUCCUCGUUGAACCCGUUUCUAUACUCUUGGAGGAUUGCUAAAGUGAGAAAAGCAGUAAAGGAGACAAUCAGACAAGCACUUUGCUGUCCAUGGAAUUGAAUGUUGUCUUUGAACAAGUCCUGAAACUGGUACCGUUAAAAAGGCAAGCUUUAAAGAGGACAAACUCUUAGUAAAUAGAAUAAGAGAGGUGGUCAUUUUUAAGCUCAGUAAAGAAAUAGAGAAAGAUGUUUUUCGUCUUGUCACGAGCGUGGUACAAAGAAAAAAUUCUGAGUCCCCAUGAGGAAUCGAACCUCAGACCUUCGGAUUUUAACACUGAGCCACAGAGACUCUAUGGUGAGCAAGGCCCAUUACGAAGUUCGAAGAAGAAAAAUAUCUAUUAAUUUUGAAAAUCCUUAUGAUUUGAUUUUUAAAUAUUUUCAUGAAUCUGUUACUUAUGCUCGUGUUCCGGUCCAAAAUAAUAUAAUUAGCAAAUUCUUCAGCGCAAAUGUAGAGAUUUUUAAUACACAGGAAGAUGUAACGUUCAUUAGUCAAUUGAUUAGUCGGGUAGGUAAUGCCUCUUUUCUAAAAGAGACCGUAUUUAAGUCAGCCAAACUUUUAACCUAUUUGUCAUGUCAUUAAUUUUGCUCAAUUUACAACCAUGCUACUAAGAUAAGUUGGUCGGUGUGGAGUUGCCUAAACUAUUUUAUAAUCCGCAUCAUUUAAAACUCUCCUAUGGAAUCAACACGACCUGAAAACGUGUUCUGGUGAAUCAAACUAUAGUAGAGGUUGCCUGUAUCGCUUAAUUUUGUUUUAAAUAUUUCAGUUUUGUUGAAUCACUGCCUUCAUUUAGACUAAAAUAUUCGUAUUUUAUUUUUCUUUGGCAUGACUCAACAAAACCGAAACAGCUCUGUUUCAUCAAUACCUUUAACUUCUGUCACAGGGUCAGACUAAAAUAUUCGUUCUAAAAUAUGCGUCGUUUUCCAGCCCAAAGUAUUUCUAGCAAACCGAAACCCUCCACUCUGUAUAAGUAAUACUAUCUAUGUAGUGAUAAUUUGAAAAAAUUUCACGUGGUGUAUUUUAGUCUUUGAAAACAACACACUGCUACGUUAAUACGCAAGUGUUUGCUUUGUUAGUUUAGUAGAUACCUCAUUAUUAGGACAACCUGUUUAGAUAUUAUCAUGGAAUGGUUCAUUCAUUACUUAAAAAUAAUCUGAAGCGAUCUUUGAAGAAACCAGCUUCUCUACAGAUUAAAAUAAAGACGCUUUUUGCAAUGGAAAUAAUAACACAGGUGACAGUUGAUAACAGUUAUUUUCUUAAAAGCGUGAUGAUGAUUGAAAAGACCAGAAAAACUCCAAAAAAUGAAUUCACAAGAUCAACAGAAUUUUCAGAUGGCGCAAAUCUUGGAUGAGAAACCCUUGAGAGUGCAUUUGAUAUCGUUCUGAUCUGUUCUUUAUCUAACAGACGCAUCAAGAUUUUUUUUUGUUUCGUGAGUUAUAGGGGGGGGGGGGGCAGGGGACUUUGGGAGUGAUCAGCCGUCGCCGACAGAGAAUAAAGGAAGGACUUAAGAAAAUUCCCUGCCAAUUUACUGCCAAUAAGGGGAUCAGGUAAAUUUUAUCGUGACAAGAUCCUUCGCCCCCCCCACCUCCCUCAACGCUGGUUCUUGGAAAAUAAUGUUAAACAGGUGCUAAAGUUUCGAAUUUCAACAUUUACUAAAUAAUUAAUUCACAAUUCUAACAAUUUUUUUGGAAUGUUCACAAAAUUUAGGGUUCAACGAAGGAAUCUGGCCACUUUGAGUGCCAUUGUCGUUUAUAGGAGGCUGGUAGUCUCGUACCCAGACCUUCCACGGCCAAGCGGUUAAAGUGGGAGUUACAUGUGUACACGAUAGGAUCGGAAUAUCUUUUAAGCAAUAGAAGACUUUAUCUACGGGGAGUUGGGAUAAUUCGAGAAAGUUUUGCAAACCCAAGAAGCUGUCGAGCCUUUGCAUUACUUUCGAGAAUUUUCCUAUCCUUCCGAGUGCAUGGGAAAAUUCAUCUUUACUUUUAUAAGUAUUUCUCAGAAAGCACAGAGAGCGAGACAUCGCAAUCGAGGUUAUAUCAUUUUAAUCUAAACACACUAAUCGACCGAUGAGAGUGCGCACUAUCUCAAAAAUUAAAAAUAUAAAUGUAUAUUGAGCGCAUGGGAAUUUGAGGCGUUAAUCAGUAACUUUUAAUAUAUGCAAACUUACGAUCUCUUGUUGAAUGACGAGGGAAAAAGAAAAAGUGGAAACCAACGUAAUCUUUCAAAUUAGCAUUAAUUUCAGGAGAUGUUAAUUCCCUUAAUUGGUUUAUCACAGAAGCCUUAUUACACGUUCAGAAAUACCAAACAAGGUAAGCUUCGUCAAAAGAUCCACUUUCGCGAUGGAUGAAUUUUGACGUAGAUGUACUUCUUGAUCUUAUCAAUGGCUCACAGUCUCUCUCAGAACAAUAAACUAUUGAGAGAUUUUUUUCUCAGUCAAUAAAGAAAGUGUUACAACGCGCGUAUACAGCUGUUUUGAAACCAUUUGCGAAAAAACACUGGUGCGGAAAAUUACUUUUUCAAAGAAAAUAUUUCAAAAAACUAAUGUCUUUAAGGUUCUGCGGCUUUUUAAACUAAGCUUUCCAUAGGUUUAGGUAAUGGACGUCUCAUUGUAUCGUUAAGUGGCCUUGAGUAGUAAAGAGGAGUUUCCUAGGGAUAACAAAGACUGACACAUUUAAAAAGUCGAUUGAGUGAAGGGAUGAAUAAUUAGAUUAUUGCUUGUGUGAAUGAUAGGUGGAUCGAUGAAUAUUUACUUACAAAAGAUUGCAAUAACGUGUCAAAGAAAGUGAGAAAAGGCCGAGAUAUGAAUAAUGUCCUAUUAAAAAGUUAUUUUUCGGUGACAAAGUAUACCCCAGUUAUGACAGCCAAAAAACAGUAAGUGAACCAAAAGAAAAUCCUAUGGGCGGUCUUACAGACAAUUUAAUAAGAAGACAUGUUUCAUAUUGAUAGGCAGCUGUUUAGCCUUUAUCGGAAAGACUUUGAAAUGCAAAUCUACUCCACAAACUUAAAGCUAUCCUCGAAUACAUUUACGAGCUACCUGAAAUAAAUGCUCCUUUAGCGGUGUGAAUAAUGGCACAAGAAAGCUUAUCUAAAUAUGCUGAAAAGCAAAAUGUAACCGAAACACUUGCACAAGUGCGAUGCAAAGCAGGAAAAAAUGACGACAUACACAAGCAGUUGAUAUCAAUCGCAACGGUUAAUAUUUUCCUGUGCUCUAUGGCAUUUCUCGGGAAUGCUAUCAUCCUGGUCGCCUUACGGAAGGAAUCUUCCCUUCAUCCGCCGUCCAAAUUGCUGUAUCGUUGUCUUGCAACAACUGAUCUUUGUGUUGGUUUGAUUUCGGAGCCUUCUUCUGUUGCCUAUUGGCUGUCUUUUGUUAGCGAAGAUUGGAAGCUCUGCAAGCUUGGGCUUGGCGCAUAUUUUAUAGCAGGCCAUACCCUUUGCUCAGUCUCUCUGUUAACAAUGACCGCAAUAAGUGUGGACAGACUCCUCGCCUUGGUGCUUGGGCUCAGAUACAAACAGAUUGUAACUUUGAAGCGAACUUGUGGCGUUAUAGCCAUCUUCUGGAUAUUAUCGAUGGCCGCUGGAGUAGCGUACUUUGUGGAUUACCGUAUAUCCGUAUCCUAUGGCUAUACUCUUAUACCACUGUGUCUAAUAACAGCAACUUUCUCAUACACAAAAAUAUUUCACCGUCUCCAUCGAAGCCGCAAUGAAGUACAAAUUCUUGUUCCACAUCAGCCAGGCCAACCACUUUCACUGAACAUGGCACUUUACAGAAAGGCCGUGUAUAGUGCACUUUGGGUUCAGGUUUCAUUCGUCUGUUGCUCUCUGCCAUAUAGCAUAGUAGCAGUAGUAGUGCCUUACGACAGACUAUCUUCGAAUGACUUUAUACUCUUGUCAUGUGCAGAGAGCUUAGUUUAUCUUAAUUCGUCCCUUAACCCGUUACUUUACUGCUGGAAGAUUAAUGAGGUGAGGCAAGCAGUAAAGGAGACACUCAGACAAACACUUCGCUGUCUUUGGGUUUAGUCUCUAGACAGGAUACGAAAGUUGUUUCUGUAAAAACCAAAUAUGAAAUAUUAGGCCAUUAGCUGGUUAAAAAUAUUAUUUGUCGUCGAUUUCGAUCAGUACUGAGCCUAAUUGAAUCCAAAUGACCUCCAAGAAGGAUUAUAAAGAACAGGGAAUCACCAUAACGGGGGAGAAAAUUGUUCUAUGUUCUCUGUUAUAUGAAAGAACCGAGUUUGAAAUACUUAGAACAACAUUUUGUCCUUUAAAUAACGAGGAUGUUAAUUAAAUCAUGGAAGCCAACCCUUAUAUUUGCACCAAAUUUCGUUCCUCCGCGCCAAAAUUUUAAUUAAGGUUAUUGUAUUUUUAAUUCCGCUCGCCAUUCGCCUGCGCAUCCAAACUGUAAAGUACAUAAAUGUAGGUCCUUUUCCCCUUUUCCUUUGCAUCGCAGUGUGUAAUUUUUUUUUCCUUUUACAUAAAACUAAUAAUCGUAUGUUAGCUUUAGUGCAAUUUAGUUUUAUUUGUUUUCUAGAAACCGAGUAAAUUACAGGUUGAGUACCUGCCACACUUAAAUUAAUAACCAGUGCGUUUUCUGUAACUACCAAAUUAAAAGAAAAGACAUUUUGGGUGCAGAAUUGUUCGGAGGGAAAUAUUUUUGUCAUUCUUCUCACGAAAACACGAAAAUUAAUUUUUCUUUCAAACAAAAAGGGAAAGAACAGGUGUAUUACAUAAAGAGGUUACCAAGCCGAGUUACUGGCAUUCGGUUCUUAACAUCUAACAUAUUAAACGGUUUUUUUAAAUUCAGUAAAAUUCUCAUCAAAUUGUCCGACCAGCUCUUCGAACAAGAGGUUCUGAGUUCGAGCAAUGUCAAAUCUUAUAGCCUUAUAGACUUGCAGCAGAGAUCUACCAUAGAUGUUUUCAUUAGUUGUGAAAACAAAGCUUAGAAAACAAAUUACAAUUGAAUGAAAAUAUUUAUCCUAAAAGUGCAAACUUUUAAUCAAACUGAUUAAAAGACAGUGUCCGAAAAAAUAAUUUCUGAGGAGCCUUAGUCGCAAAUGUUGAGAAGUAAAGCAAGUAUGAAUUUAUUGCUGGUAUUCUCCUCAGUGAGCCCAGAUGAUGUACAGGCUUGAACUCUGGCAAACUAAAGUACUCUUUGAAACACAUUGAUUUAAACUUUUUCCAGAAGGAAUUUGCCAAUGGUGUUUAGAACAUACGACUACGUGCGUUAAAUAUAUAUAUGUAUAGUACCAAAUAGAAGAGAACACUGAGGCCUCUUGUUCACUGAGAAUAUCAAUUACAUGCACCUCUAUUUCAUCUUUUGCUAGGAAAAAUGCGAAAGACAAAGAUAAGAUGGACAAUUUUCGAUUGUAUUAUGUAUGUCCUUCCGUAGUGGUGCGGAGUUUCUCUGAGACAGAGACUGGUGCGUUAAACUAGUUGAUUGAAUGAAUGAAUAAGUGAAUUGUUGCUUGCCUGAUUGAUUGAUGGAUCGGUUCGUAUUUACGUAAGGUAUAUUGUAAUAAGAUACACGAGAAAAGGCCGAGAUAUAGAUAUUUUCGGGUUGCAAAGUUAUCUUUUCAUGACAAAUUACUCUCCCGUUAUGACAGCCAUGGAAUAAUCAGUGAAUCUAAACAAAAUCUUAUGAGCAGUUUUGUUUAUAAUUCAAUUGGCGCCCAUGCUUCAUACUAUGAUAGCCAGCUGUUUCGAUUUUAUUGGAAAAUACUUUGAAAUGCAAAUAUAUUUCACAACCAUCGAGUAUACUUAAAAGCUGCCGUGAAGUAAACGCUCCUUUAGGAUUGGGAAUAAUGGCACAGGAAAGUUUAUCUAAAGAUGCCGGAAAACAAACCGAAACACUUGCACAACUACGAUGCGUAGCGGGAAAGAAUGACAACAUACACAAGCAGUUGAUAUUGAUCGCAACGAUUAAUAUUUUUCUUUGCUCUAUGGCAUUUCUUGGAAAUACCCUCAUCCUGGUCGCCUUGCGGAAGGAAUCUUCUCUUCAUCCGCCAUCCAAACUCCUGUAUCGUUGUCUCGCAACAACUGAUCUCUGUAUCGCUUUGAUUUCAGAGCCUUCUUCUGUUGCUUAUUGGCUGUCUUUUGUUAGCAAAGAUUGGAAGCUCUGCAAGUUUGGGCUGAGCGCUUACUUUAUAACAAGCCAUACCAUUUGCUCAGUGUCUAUUUUAACAAUGACCGCAAUAAGUGUGGACAGACUCCUCGCCUUGGUGCUUGGGCUCAGAUACAGACAGAUUGUAACUUUGAAGCGAACAUAUGUUGUUAUAGCCAUCUUUUGGAUUUUAUCGAUGGCCGCUGGAGCAGUAUACUUUGUGGAUUACCGUAUAUCCGUCUCCUAUGGCUAUACUCUUAUCCCACUGUGUUUAAUAACAGCAACUUUCUCAUAUACAAAAAUAUUCCACCGUCUCCAUCGCAGCCGUAAUCAAGUACAAAUUCUUAUUUCACAACAGCCGAGCCAACCAGUUUCACUGAACAUGGCACUUUACAGAAACGCAGUGUACAGUGCACUUUGGGUUCAAGUAGCAUUCGUAUGCUGCUCUCUGCCAUAUAGCAUAGUAGCAGUAGUUGUACCUUACGACAGACUAUCCCCAUAUGACUUUAUACUCUUAUCAUGUGCAGAGAGCAUGUUUUAUCUUAAUUCGUCCCUGAACCCGUUACUUUAUUGUUGGAAGAUUAAUGAGGUGAGGCGAGCAGUAAAAGAGACACUCAGACAAACAUUUCGGUGUAUUUCCGUUUAGUCUCGUGGCAGGUAACGGAGGUUUUUCCUCUGGAGAAACCAAACUAUGAAAUAUUAGGCCUUAAGUUGAUUAAAACUAUCGUUUUUGAUAGAAUUACAAACAGCAAUCAGGCAAUUUAACCCAUACGACCUUAAAGUAGGAUUAGGAAGCACGAUGGAAUCACAAUAGGGCAAAAUUAGAAAGUUCCGAUAUUGAAGCACAACAUUUUGUCCUUUGAGUAAGGAGAAUGUUAAUUAAUUCAUAGAAGUCAACUCUUAUCACAGGGUUCAAAAUUUUUGGGUUUAAAAUGUUUUUUUUUCCUUUUGCGACAAAUUUCGUUUUCUGCGCCAAAAUUUAAUUUUGUUCAUUGUACUGUUAAUUUUUCUUGCCGUUAAACUGUGCAUCCAAACUGUCAGUUACACCAACGAAGGUUACUUCCACUUUUUUCUUCGCAUCGCAAUGUGAAAAGGUUUUCUUUUGCAUGAAACUAAUAAUAGUAAUUUUGUUAUGAACCAAAGAGAAUAACCAGGAUAUGGUACAGGGAGGUCAUCGAUCCGUGUCAAACAUUGUUAACAUCUAUUUCAUCAAUAUUGUGUUUUGAAUUGAAAUUAUCCACUCAUUUUCCGACCCACUCUUCAAACAUCUCACUGAGUAAUUAUUUCGAUAAAAAUGUAAUUUCAUAACCAGACAGACUUUCAUCGAAUACCUACCAUAAAUGAUUUAAUUAGUUGCGCCUGAAAAAAAAAACCUUAGAGAGCAAAUUAAAAUUGAACGACAAAUAUUUAUUCCAAAUGCAAACUUUUAAUCAAACUGAUCAAGGACGAAGUGUCCGAAAAACGAAUAUUUCAGGAUCUUCAUUCGCGAAUGUCAAAAAGGAAAGCAAAUAUGAGCUAAUUUUUCAUAUUUUUCUUGAUGAGUCCAGCUGAUGCACAGAUUAAACUCUGGCAGGCUAAUGUAUUUUUUUGAACCAAUAAGUUGAAAACUUUUUAACAAAAUUAACGGUGUUAUUGAAUAGCGGUGGCUCGUGCUUGAUGAAUAUAAGUGGACUGCUGAAUGAUAGAGUAUAUUGCAGCCUCAGCCUCUUGUUAUGUUGUCUAACGACUGAUAUUCUUAAUUCUCAACAAAACUCUGGCGCCGUUCAUAUAAUUGAUCCAUUCUUGUUCUCCAUUGAUUCAUGUAUUUUCCAAUGAUCUCGUUGUGGGUUUGUAUAACUUCUGUAAGAAGCAGUCUAAAUAUGCCCCUGUAGUGGAUGGUUUUGUCGUUAAACUAUCUUGGUCUGUAUGAAAAAAUACAGCAACAAUUUUCUGCUUGAUAUAAUUUAGUAUGUCUCGGUGCAAAGAGCGCAUUAAGAGCUUACUAUUGGUAUCAAUACAUAUCUUUUAAAUAUGUAAGUUAAUCCUCAAGAUUUAGGUUAACAACCAAAGGGGCUCUACUCAAACCUCUAAGAUCCAAAUUAAUACAUUUCAACCAUAACAGAUUUAGCAAAUCAUAAUAUCAUAGGAGUUUGAUGUCUGAUAAAGUCUACAAGUUUUCAUGAAAAAAAAAAAGCUCAGCUCAGUUUAGCUCCAACCAUGCUUCAUAGACAGCAAGUCCUUAGAUACUCUUUUAUAUAGUACACAUAAAUUGUUGGAUGCAUUAGUCGUUUGCUAACUAUCGCACAGGAAAGCGGAACUACGUUUUGGUGAAGGCAAACCGUUUAUGAAUGUGCACUGACCUUAGUUUACCAAAACACUUCGCUAGACCCAAUUAUCAUCACUAUUUUUUUUAUACGUAAGAUCGAAUGACUCGUUGAGAUUUACAUCACGUGAAAAUUCAUCGAUUGAAGUGUACUUUAUAAGAUUUUCACCUAUGAAACCAAGAGGAGGUCAGGCUCUUGAACACACUUACAUCUAUGGAUGACGGUAGAUCCUCCCUUUUUUUGGGCUCACUGUUAAGAAUUGGUUGCUAAUGACGAUUAAUCAGAGUAUCAAUGUAAAGUUCAUCAACUGAAAAUAAAUUGUCCUAUGUAGUCCUUGGAACAAAUUUUUCCUCACAUAAUGCGAAGACAUGAGUUUAUAUUUUUUUUUUCGCAAAAGAAGGUGGCCAAAUUUUACCAAACUGAAUUCCAAAUUUUAAAUCUCUUAUCAUACUUUUGAUAAUUCUGUAAUCAGGAUAGAUCUUCUGUUUUUAGAAACCUAAAAGUCUGUCACUACUUAGGAAAAAUACUUAGAGAUGAGAAAAACGGUGUGGUUGUUUUCUUUUUCUUCAUCAACGAAAAAAAUGGCUUCACCGAAACGUUCUCCGCUGAUGUAAAUACGAGUUGAUAUUUGCCGGACUAUAUAUCCUCCAAACGACAAUCCAUGAGCGUAGCUACCGUUAAUCUGAUCUAAGAUGCUUAUUCCAUUUGCCCAUAAACAAUACGUAGCAGCGGACAAACGACAACUACGUUCGAAGGUUUCCCUGCCAUAAUUUCUUUCAUACGAAUUAACACCUAAACUAUCGGGCUUUUUCCAAAACCAGUUGGAAACACGGCCAGAAGAUCCUUUCCGGAAACCGGUACAGAAAUUGCUUCUUUUUGUUCCGAUUUUAACGCGUGAGACACAUCAAAUUCUAAAAGACACUAACUAGUUUUAAUGAGUUUGCCAUCUUCUGCAUUUUGCCGUAAAAGCAAACUGUCCAAAGGACACAUUUGGCUUGCGAUUGACAACUGGAGCUUAACCGCACUAAUCAGAAACUCCUUUCGUGGGCGAACAGAGUUUCGCAAAAAAACAAUGACCUCGGGCAGGCGUAUUCUUCGCUCCCCCCCCCACCCCACCCCCCCCCUCCCCUCUCCUUAUUUUUGACCGUCGACCGUCCCCUUGGUAUAAAUUUCUUUCUUUCCACAGCCUUCCGCUGCCAUUAAUUUCAAAGAUGGCAGCCAUAUUUUCUUUACGAAAAUACUGAGCACUCGCUCGCCAAAAAAUUACGUUUGCUCUGCAUGCUAGUUCAUCUCAUAAUCACGAGUUUCCUUAUAUCUAUUCCAGUUCAUUAUCCUGUUCAUUUCGCAAUUACGACAUGAAUCAACAUGAAAAAAAUGUGUUUGCUCUGAAAUAUAAAAAAAACAACAACCUGCCAACAUUCACCGUUUCUAUCUAUGUUUCUUUGGAACUUGUGUAAUAAUGUUGAAACUACGGCGAAAAACAGUAACUUGUAAAGACAACAAAAAACUGGACUCGAGAAGGUUAAUCAUAGGAUUAUGGCCUUAAGCAGAGCCACUUAUUAUAUUUUUUGAUGUUUUAAGGUGUAAUUUGUUUAAAAAAAAUUGCAUUAAUAAAAAAAAUGAUCAACUGGAAAAGUCGCUAAUAGUGUAAAUUCAGCUGGCAGACUGGUUGUCUAGGAAACAGUAGCAACCCAUGAAACUGUGUACAGAUUGCUCAGUUGUGCGAAGAUUGCACAAAUGAUAAUGAGGGAAUCUUAUUCAAUUUCUAGGUAUAAUUUUUCAAAUUAAGAAAAGUAUCUUUUUUCAUGUUUUCAUAGGAAUAAAAGCAAUGCCAAAAAAUACGGAACCUUUCGAUAAAGCUCAAAAAUCUAAUAGGAUCCAUUUAAAGUCAUAUUAUCCUAGGAGACAAAUUUAAGCUGUUAGUUUUAUAAGUUCAGCAUCUCUUUUUUAUGCUAAUUUCUUAAAAAUUAAACCAAAUCUCUACUUGUUUAAUUUUCCAGGAAUUUGGUAAAUAAUUUAAAGUCACUUUUGACAUAUUUAUAAUGUGAUAAGCAGCUGUUUAGCUUUUGUCAGAGAUGAAAGAAACGUUGAUUUUUAAAUUCAUGGUAAAAAACUGAAGCGAUCCUGCUGGAUUCUAACGAGUUCCCUGUUGGUUGAAGUGAGUAACAACUACGUGGAAGGAAUAAUGGAACAAGUAAACCUAUCUAAAAUUGCAGGAAAACAAGCCUCACCACAUGAAGGCCCGAUCUGCGCGGCAUUAGGGAAAGAGCAAACACAUAAUCAUUUGAUAUUUUUCUCAGUACUCAAUAUUUUUUUUUCAGUUGUUGCGUUUCUUGGGAAUACUCUGAUCCUUGUCGCCCUUCACAAGGAAUCGUCCCUACAUUCGCCUUCCAAACUCUUGUAUCGUUGUCUGGCAGCAACUGAUCUCCUCACUGGCCUUAUUGCUGAGCCUUUUCAAGUUGUUUAUUGGCUCUCCCUGAUUCAUGAGAAUUGGACUCUUUGUCGUUACGCGUUAGCUGCACAUUAUUUCGCAAGCCUUCCUCUGUCUUCAGUCUCUCUGUUAACAAUGACUGCAAUAAGCAUGGACAGACUUUUCGCCCUGUUGUUGAGUUUCAGAUACAGACAUAUUGUAACUUUGAAGCGAACAUAUGUUAUUAUAGUCAUCUUCUGGGUUGUGUCGAUAGUCGCUGGGGUAUCGUACAUAGUGUCAUACCGUAUAGGCAUCUGGUAUAAUUGUAUCUUUCUGCCGAUAUGUUUAGCGACAUCGACGAUCUCAUACACAAAGAUAUUCCGUACUCUUCGCCAUAGACAGAAUCAAAUGAAAGCUCACGUUCAACAAAAGCCGAGCCAACCAGUACCAUUGAACAUGUUGCGAUACAGAAAGGCAGUCUACAGUGCACUGUGGGUACACUUGGCAUUAGUUGUUUCCUAUCUACCCUAUAGCAUUGCAGUAGCAGUUUUAACUGAUAAUGGACUCACUUCAUUAAACUUAACAGUCUGGGCAGGUGCAAUAUCCCUAGUUUACUUAAACUCAUCACUCAACCCGUUCCUUUAUUACUGGAAAAUUAACGAGGUGAGACGAGCAGUAAAGGAGGCUACCAGAGGAACACUUUGCUGUCCAAGGAAUUAG